GCAAAGCAAUGGAGAUGCAGCGAGCAAUGAAACUGGAUGCGGUAUAACGAAAGGGAAACACGUCGGGGGUGGAGCGCACAGAACGAACUCAUCAUCUGCAGUGGGAUAUACCAGCUUCCUAGUGGCCUCAGCUGAAACGACCCUAGAGGAAAAUACUUUUGGAUCUGAUAACGAUUGAAAACACCUGCAGAAACAAUGAUACCCGGAAGUGAGCUGUAGCUCUUUGUAAUGAGAUACUAAACACAUCAGAAACAAAACAGACGGUUUGUUAGAAAGCAGGAAUGUGACAAUGGAUUGCAAGAUGUAGAGGAUUCUGCCAGGGAGCGUUUCUGUUUCUGCGGCGCAAUGUGUCUCUGAAUGAUGCAAGGAUUGCCAUGCUUCCGAAGACAGCGCUUCCAGGAUCGGAUGUGGCUUCGGAAUGAGGGCCGUUUAUUCGGCGUCGUCUUCGUGCUUUUCAACGUCCUCCUGGCAGUCUUCAAUGUCCUCAACUACCGAGUUGCAUCCAGAGCUACCGUCCCUUGUGUCGUGAUAGUCGCCCCCACCCCAGCCCCUCAAGCCGACACUCCAGUCCCCACGUCACCCCAUCGACGAGCACCCGUGUCUUCCCCCACACAUCCUGCCGCCUCGACGGCAUCGCUGGCAUGGACCGACAUAGAAGCUACAGCUGAUGGAAACAAUAUAACUACACCCCAUACUCAAAUUGUAAAGAUUCGCAAUUCAACGAGAGAAGAAACAAUUUCUCCGUCUAAUUACACUUUACCCUGGGAAACAGAACAAAGGGAUAAAUAUACAGUUAUUAAACGAUACAUUCCAGCUGAUGGGCCUUCUCCUGGUUACGAAGAGAGUGUAACUCUAUGUACACAAGGUACUUUCGAGUUCUUGCAGCACGUUCCAGAACUGUGCGACCGAUGGGAAGGCCCCUUAUCCGUGUCCGUCUACGCUCCUGGCACAGACUUGGCCGUAGCCGUGCGGAAGAUCCUCUUUCUGAGGAAAUGCGGACCGCCUUGCGUGCACCUCAAUGUCACCUGGCACCUUGUGUAUGAGACUUCCUUGGCUCCUGCCCAACUGGAGUCGCCCAUGGAAGUUGCAGAUAUGGCAGCUUACGAGCCCCUUAAUUGCUCUGCUGGCUUCAAGCCCCUGCAACUUAUCUCGGAGAUCAGAAGUUCCAAAAAGCUUCCUUAUCCUAUUAACGUCGCCAGGAAUGUCGCACGACAGUUGGCCGUCACGCGAUACGUUCUAGCAUCGGAUAUUGAACUUUAUCCAAGUGUUCACAUUGUACCGAGGUUUUUGCAGCUGCUGGCCAGACUGGCCGAGAAGGAAGCCGGCAAGGUCAUACCUCGGCGCGUUUUUACCCUCCCCAUCUUCGAAAUUAAAAAGGAGUUCCCCGCUCCCAAGACGAAGGAAGAGCUCGUGAAAAGAGUGAAGGACGGGCAUGCCAUUUUUUUCCACAAGUGGGUGUGCGACGCCUGCCAAAACUUCCCCAGACGCGACCAGUGGUUGAAGACCCUUCCAGAGAAAGGCAAGGAGGACAUCCUGGGCGUAUUCCAGAUCACCAAGCGCCAGAUGCCCCGGACUGCCUGGGAACCCAUCUACAUCGGGACGAACGAGGAGCCUCUCUACGACGAAAGGCUCACUUGGGAGGGAAAGAGAGACAAGAUGUCUCAGAUGUUUGAGCUUUGUCUUCUGGACUAUGACUUCUAUGUGCUGGACAAUGCCUUCCUCGUCCAUGCUCCGGGCAUCAAGACUCUCAGCAGUGUGGACCAGCGUCGCCGGGCGCCUUUCAUGUACAAGAACAAUGCCGUGCACAAUAAGCUACUGGCCCAGAUGAAAAAGAAAUACGGUGCCAGAAAAGGUUGCUGACACCAAACCCCACAGGAAAGGAGAAGAGCAAUUUCUUUCUAGUCAAUUCUCUGUGAUUCCACUCAAGUAUUUUAAAAACAUACUGUGGCAACUAGUGCUGGAGGCAGCCGAUAGGGGAAAGGGAUUCCUGGAGGACUGGUGAACCACUCUGGUGGAGAGGAGUUUUAUUUUUUGUUCCAUUUUUAUCUAUUUAUCUGUUCGAUCACUCAUUAAACAGGGAAGCAUUUUUGCCUGAUAAUCAUUAAAGGCUCCGAUACUUGUAUAAUAUUGACUAUUUAUGUGAACAUUCUUUUUUUAUGGUCUGGGACAAUUUUACAGUUGUGGGAUAAGUAAAAGAUUCCAAUAAAGUUAUUUAAAAAAAACUGAAUCUUUAUAUUCUAUUUUGUUAAAAAAAUGCCAUUUUGCUAUUAAAGAUUUUUCAGUUUCUAAAGUGCUAUUCUUGAAAGGCUAUUUAUCGAUCAGUCUGAAAGUGAUAACAUUUUAAUGGUUUUUGUAUUGUAAUACAAGAUAGUUAUGUUCAGUAUUGUAUGCCAAUUAUCGUGUUUUAUUGUCUGUUUAUUAUUUUUUUGUUCUUUCAUUUUCAAAUAAGACAGUUAAGAGUUAAAUUUGUAGAAACUUUUCACUUAAAACACAAAUUUGCACUAAAUGUGCAAGUGUUAAAUAGCUAAUUCCUAUUAAAACAUGAAAAAAAUUCUGAAAAUUUUUCGAAAGAGUUGCAGUUAUCUGUGAAAUAUCAAAUUUACCAUCUUCAGCUUCUUUCAACUUCGUUACAAAAAUCUUAAUGAUGAGUGCUGAAAAAUGAUGUCCCUUGACCUUGCAUAAAACGGAAGAAAAUAUUUAUAAAUCCUUUUUAUAUACUUGUGUACAAUACAAAAACUAUUUUACAAUUACUUUUUUUGAUGUUAAACAAGAAUAUAUUUGUAAUCUACAAAGUGGUGAAUGAGU